AUGGUGGUGUACAAACUCACCGUUUACACAGGAAACAGGCUUAUGGCUGGGACCAUACACCAUAUCUACAUCCAGCUUUUUGGAACAAAUGGCUUAACUCAGCAGCAGAGUCUAAACGGUUGUACAAUCCUUGCACAAGGAUCGGUGAACCGCUUUGAUUUGCACACUGAUGCUCCACUGGGAGACCUCAUCUCCAUGAAGCUCUACUCCAAGGCAUUCCUGACUACUGAAGACGAAUGGUUCUGUGACAAGAUCUCUGUGACAACACCGGAGAGUGCUGAGGUUUUGUUUCCAUGCUACCGCUGGCUUCACCGUCGCACAAAGAUGACUUUAGUACCCGCUACAGCUACAUUCGUGUUCACUAACCCAAUGAACCAGAGGCAAAGGAUGAGCCAGCUGAAUGAAUCCCGUAGGAACUUUGGAUGGAGCUUGUAUGCACAGGGUUUGCCCCAAGUUAUCAGUUAUAAGACCCCCUUUGAUCUUCCAGCGGAGGUCCAGUUCUCUUUCACCAAAGACACUGAAUUUGUAUUCACUGCUCUUCAACAGAUAAUUAUAUUAAAACUAACAGGAUGGACUGAUUCCAAAAGCCAGUGGAAAUCCUUCAGGGAACUGGAUGAGAUCCUUCUGCAACCUCUGAGAAGCCAAACAUAUGAAUACAUUCAGAAGCACUGGAAAGAGGACAAGUUUUUUGGCUACCAGCUGCUGAAUGGCAUCAACCCCAUGAUGAUCCAGCGCUGCUCAAAGUUGCCAGAGAACUUCCCCGUCACAGAAAAGAUGGUCAAAGACUCCCUAAGAGGGAGAAGCUUGGAGGUUGAGAUGAAGAAUGGAAAUAUCUUCCUGUGUGACUACAAGAUCUUGGAUGGACUGAUGGGAAAUGUAGUUAAUGGCAGGCAGCAGUAUCUCACAGCUCCAUUGGUCUUGCUGUACUGCAACCCAGAGGGAUCGAUGCUCCCUAUUGCUAUACAGCUGGGACAAAAGGCUGGAGUGAACCCCAUCUUCAUCCCCACUGACCCAGAGCAUGACUGGCUGCUGGCCAAGAUCUUCGUGAGGAACGCAGAGUUCAGCGUACAUGAGGUUGACUUUCACCUGCUGAGAACUCACCUGCUGGCCGAGGUGUUCACCAUGGCAACAUUGCGGAACCUUCCAACCAUGCACCCGCUCUUCAAGCUCCUGUUUCCACAUAUCCGAUACACACUCCAGAUCAACAUCAUGGCCCGGAAUCGGCUGAUAUCCAAGGAUGGAUCCAUCACCCUGUAUGCAGCAAUAGGUGGAGAUUCAGUGCCAAAGUUGCUGAGGCGUGCAACUGCCUCCCUGACCUAUAGCUCCCUCUGUCUGCCUGAUAACAUCUCUGAGAGAGGCCUGGAGAAGGUUCCUAACUACUACUACAGAGAGGACGGAAUGAGACUGUGGAACAUUAUCAACGAGUUUGUUGAAAGGGUUUUGACACACUAUUAUAAAUCUGAUGGUGAGGUCAAGAAUGACUCAGAGCUCCAGUGCUGGAUCAAGGAAAUAUUUUGCAAAGGAUUCCUGAAAAGGAAAAGCACAGAAAAACCACAGUCUCUUAAGGACCUUGUCAAAUUUGUCACCAUGGUGAUCUUCACUGCAUCCGCCCAGCAUGCUUCUGUUAAUAAUGGGCAGUUUGAAUUCGGCUGCUGGAUGCCCAACUUCCCUAGCGCUCUCCGAGAGCCUCCUCCAAAUGAGAAAGGCCAGACCACUGAGCAGACCAUCCUGGAGACCCUACCUGAUGUGAGCACUACUGUUCACACAAUGGCUGUCCUCAGACUGCUAAGCAGUAUUUCCUCAGACCACUAUCCACUGGGGUAUUUCCCGGAAGAAUGGUUUGAGGAGGAAGUCCCUUGCAAGCUCAUAAAGAAGUUUCAGGUGGACCUGAAGUCACUGUCAGACCUCAUUAAGAAGAGGAACGCCACACUUGAGCUGCCCUAUACCUACCUGGACCCUGAGAAUGUGGACAACAGUGUGGCCAUCUGA